AUUGAAGAAGCGAUGAUUACAAAAUGUGCUGGAAGUCGAUGAUCAGAGUUAUGACACGUCUCGCACUGUAAACACUAAAAAAUUCAACCGAAUUCCCUUCUCUUGUAGCUUUCUCUGCCGGUGUUGGUGAAUCGAGCUUCUGCCUUUUCACACACCAACACCACCCAAUUCCCAAAUCUGUUUCCUUCAUCACAAUUUUUCACGCCGUCAAUUCAACUCCAGGCUCUCUUGUUAUCUUUAUCGUUUCCCCUCUUAUGGGUUCCUUUGUUCGUUUCUUUUUCCCUUCAGCUCCUACGACUGGAACUAACCUGGGUUUCUGCUUGGGUGCCCAAAAAUCAUAGGAAAACAAAAGAAAAGAGGAAUCUUUUGGCUCAGCUGGGACUAGUAAAUCUUCUUUCGACUCAUAUUAGACUUGGGUUUUUUUAGUUUUCGAGAACUGAAGCUCGCAUAGUUAAAACUUUUGUUUCUCCAUCCCUUUUUUUUCACUUAAUCUAUCUAGGGAAUCAAACACUUCACAUACCCCACUGAUGGCUUUUGUUCGUGGGUGCACAUCGUUGACUGAAUUAACUUUGCCUUUUCAUCGGCACUGCUUUCUGCCUCCUCAAGUGUAUCAAACUUUCUUUCCAAAACCUAGUCUUGGAAGAAUUUCAACCAGAAUAUGUAACCAUCAAAAUCCAAACUUUGCUCUUAGAAAAAGACAACCAAAAUUCAGGAUCUUCACGUCGGUGGAAUUAGAGCAAUAUGUAACGAGUGAUGAUGAAGACGAAAUGAGCGAAGGCUUCUUCGAGGCAAUUGAGGAAUUAGAGAGAAUGACAAGGGAACCCUCUGAUGUUCUUGAAGAAAUGAAUGAUAAGUUGUCAUCAAGAGAGUUGCAGUUAGUUCUAGUUUACUUUUCUCAAGAAGGGAGAGAUUCUUGGUGUGCGCUUGAAGUAUUUGAGUGGCUCAAAAAGGAGAAUAAGGUUGAUAACGAGACAAUGGAACUUAUGGUUUCAAUUAUGUGUAGUUGGGUCAAGAAGCUGAUUGAAGCAGAGUGUGAUGUUGGUGAUGUGGUUGAUCUCCUCGUGGACAUGGAUUGCGUGGGGUUGAAACCAGGUUUUAGUAUGAUUGAGAAGGUGAUUUCGAUGUAUUGGGAGAUGGAUAAAAGGGAGGAAGCUGUUGUGUUUGUGAAGGAAGUGUUGAGACGGGGAAUUUCAUAUGAAGAUGAUGGUGGUGAAGGGCAGAAGGGUGGGCCGGCUGGCUAUCUUGCUUGGAAGAUGAUGGUUGAGGGUAACUAUGUGGAUGCCAUCAGAUUGGUAAUUGAACUUAGAGAAUCCGGGUUGAAGCCCGAGAUUUACAGCUACCUCAUGGCAAUGACAGCAAUAGUCAAAGAGCUUAACGAAUUUGCAAAAGCCUUGCGAAAGUUGAAAGGUUUUGCCAGGUCUGGCUUAGUUGCUGAACUUGAUAUGGAAAAUAUAGAGAUUAUAGAAAAGUAUCAGUCUGAUCUUCUUGCUGAUGGAAUAAAGUUGUCUAACUGGGCAAUUCAAGAAGCAAGUUCUUCAAUUAAUGGGUUGAUUCAUGAGAGGCUUCUUGCUAUGUAUAUUUGUGCUGGUCAUGGACUUGGAGCCGAAAAACAACUGUGGGAGAUGAAGCUUGCUGGUAAAGAAGCUGAUGGAGACCUUUACGACAUUGUUUUAGCUAUUUGUGCUUCACAGAAGGAGACUAGUGCAGUAUCGCGGUUGCUUUCUAAAUUGGAGGUUUCAAGCUCCCUACGUAGGAGGAAAACUUUAUCCUGGUUAUUGAGAGGUUAUAUUAAAGGAGGGCAUAUACGCGAUGCUGCUGAAACAGUGGUCAAAAUGCUUGAUUUGGGCUUAUAUCCAGAGUAUUUAGACAGAGCAGCUGUUCUGCAGGAACUGAGGAAAAGGAUCCACCAGACAGGAAACAUUAGAAUUUAUAUCGAUCUCUGCAAACGACUAUAUGAUGCAAGUUUGAUUGGACCUUGCCUCUUGUAUCUGUAUGUGAAGAAAUAUAAGCUUUGGGUUAUAAGAAUGCUUUAAGAUUUAAGAAUGGAAUUUUCAGUACACUUUCUAGGUCAAGUAUUUAGUGUAAAAGUAUAGGAGUUGUGAACCUGAGUUUUAGAUGGCCUUGUAGCACUACCAGGGUUCAAUAGAAGAUAUGCAGGCCAAAUUUGAACACUAGAAAUGCGUGGUGAGCAUUUUGUUCUUUGGGUCAUUUAAAUAGUAUGUGUAUAUAUUGUAACUACUGUGUGCAUAAUGAAAGUAUUUCCUAUUAAAUGUAACUAAUGAGAUUACCUACUGCCACAAGUAUGUUGUAGAUGUAAUCUUCUUCUCUUCCUUCUUGUCUCUUGAAUAUGCAUGUACUUAUUUUGCUAUUAUAUAAACCUACAUGUUAUAAUCAGCUUCUGA